GAGAGAGUUUUAAAAAUAAUGUUUUUCUGCGAUAUAUUUAAAGACGGGUCACCAUUGUCAGCGUCAGCAGAUGAAUGUGGAUUUACCUCGAAUCUGAACCGCUCUCACAGUGGAUGCCGAGCAAGUGAGUUCACUGGGAUCUGAAGGGGAGGAUGAGGUGGGCCUGUGGAGCCUGGAGCCCCAGGACUGCCAGGAGAGCCUGGACAAGACGAGCCUGACCCCCAGCGAGGGGACGGAGGAGCCGACCAGCCCCGCUCGCUCCAUGCGGCCGCACAGCGUCAGCCCCGGCGGCCGGAGCUACUGGCGAGUAGAGCAGGAGGCCGAGGCCCCGGAGAACGCCACCAACCAAUCCGCCACGGGCGGGCAGGGGCACCAGGAGCCAUUGGGGAUGUACUGUAAGACCUCGGACUCCCAAAAGGCUUUGGAGGACCUUGCCCACUAUGAAUUUCUGGCCCAGUUGAGGAAGGCCUCCACCUCUGCCAGUCUCUUGGACCGUCUAAGCCAAAAUGGCACGCCAGCGGUGUACCACCCGGGAAGUAGGCACGAGGAGCUGCCACCUGCCAUCUGGUCACCAAGUGCUCAGCACCACUCACCCGACGGAGCAGAUGCAGUGAGGCCCCAGCAGGCCUGUCCAUUCUGCCACGGGUUGUAUCAGCGAGGAGCCUCCUUGAGGGACCACAUCAAGCACUGUCAGGAGAGAGAGGGGGGCCACAUGGUCUGUCCGCUCUGUGGAUAUACUGCCACCCUUAGGGCACAGAUGGAGCGGCACCUGGCUUUUCACAACCAAGUGCAGGAUAAGAGUGUCAUCUCUUUGGAUCAAGGCAUUGAGACAAGGAAGUUCAAAUGUCUCCAGUGUGGGAAAGCGUUCAAGUACAAACACCACCUCAAAGAGCAUCUGCGCAUUCACAGCGGUGAGAAACCUUACGAGUGCUCCAACUGCAAGAAGCGUUUUUCUCACUCUGGCUCCUACAGCUCCCACUUGAGCAGCAAAAAGUGCCUCAGCGGCGGAGGAAAUGGAGGAGGAAACGCAGGAGGAGCCAGUGGUACAUAUAACGGACACACCCAGAGCUCCUACCACCACUCAUUUCCAACGUCCCCCUCUGCAGGCGUUGGGAGAAACAGCACCGAUAAGGGCUCCCCGUUGGCUUCACAAGCCCAAGACCAUAAGCCUCUAUAUCUAGUACCGGAGGAUCCUCACCAGCUUUCCCUGCAGGGCGCUAACCACAAUCCCGCCUUGGUCCGGCAGUGGGACCCUUCAGCGGAGCUCUCUCUGAGGGCCGGUAUACUGAAAGGCACCACCCUGCUGCCCUAUCUGCACUCUGGCUCCAAGUUUGAACAGAUGCUGCAGGAGAUGCUUCACAAGGAGGCGAGGAAAGAGGAAGAGACGCACAGAGGAGAAGGAGGAGGAGCUGCGAUGGAGGAAAGCAAGACGGUUUACAACGGAGGAGGGUCGGACAGGAUGGCGUCGCCGGACAGGAGAAGAGAAGCAGCGAGGUCCGGCGAAGGGGACAUGACGUGCCGUUGGUGCUCCCAGAGUUUCCCCAGUGUGGCGGUGCUCCUGCAGCACGAGCGCUACCUCUGCAAGAUGAACAAGGAGACAGUGGAGGUAAUCGAGGACCUCCGCAGCAAAGACCACCGCUCGCCGCCUUUAUUCUUCCCCGGACCGGCUCCCCAGCCGGAGAACGGCGAGCCGAGCGACGUGUCAAACGGCCUUUCUGGGAACAAGUCACAAUUGCAGAAGCCCAGCUGGCACUCUUUGCCGCAGCAGCUUUUGGUGGCAAUGUACUCUCCCCCACAGCCCCACCGCUGUGCCUCCUCCUCUCGAGCGUACUGCUCCAGUCAGGAAAAGAGGAGUCCGAGCCAGCCGGACGACCACUCCCCGAAGCUGCCGUCGCCUCGAGUCAGAAGGAGGGUUCCCUCCUCGGGUUUCGGUUCUCCCGUCUGCCUCGCCGGCUUUGCUCCUGAGCUGACCUCCCCCCGGAACCAGACCAGCGGCCCCUGGUCUGCACAGAGCGAGCCUCUGGACCUCUCCCUGCCCAAGCAGCUGUUGGACCGGGAGGGGAGAAACAAGACCGUAAACGGCGUCUCAGCCAGAGGGGAGAGGAAGGAGCACGGGACCCAGCAACUCAGGAGGCCGAGUCCAACAUUGCACCUCCCCCUCCACCCCCACUCGAUCUUCGGUGGGGCCGGAGCUCCUAUGUUUCCAGGUUCAUUAUAUAACGGAUAUCAUGUCUUCAACCAGUCUGGUUUAGGGCUUUCAGGCCAUGAUGGCAUCCCGGCGAUUCCUUUCAGCCAGCAAGUUAGUAGCCCAGGCAUUCUCUCUCCUUUGGCUUACAUGAUGGAUGCAGACGCAGAGUCGACCCUGAAAAAAAUCCACAUGGAAAGGCAUGCGCUAAUGGGUGAAGUGUUAAGCCAUGGAGCUCUAGACUACCUCUCACUCAUGGAUGAAGGACUGGAGGGAGAAGGGGGACCCGGCAGAAAAAGACUGAGGAAGACGGACGAGGGGCUUUACGCUUGUGACAUUUGUGAAAAAACGUUCCAGAAGAGCAGCUCUCUGCUCCGUCACAAAUAUGAGCACACAGGUAAGCGUCCUCACGAGUGCAAGAUCUGCAGCAAGGCCUUCAAGCACAAGCACCAUCUGAUCGAGCACAGCCGGCUGCACUCCGGAGAGAAACCCUACCAAUGUGACAAGUGUGGCAAGCGCUUCUCUCACUCCGGCUCGUACUCGCAGCACAUGAACCACCGCUACGCCUACUGCAGCAAAGACCAGGAUCCAGACCAAGAUCACGAGGAAAUGUCUUUUCCCCCGGGGGCGGGCAGAAGUCCCGAGGGCCGCCUCGCUGGCGAGACCCCUCUGUCCAUGGAGGACGCUCAGACGGCGCAUUCCUUCCUCAGCGACUCCAGUCUGGAUGGAGCUGCUGAGGCCCUGAAGGAGGAAGAGGAGGAAGAGGAGGAGGAUAACGACUUAGGUGUUAGUGACGCUCAUGUGGACAAGGCACAUGUGGGUUUGACAGGUGGAGCAGAGGAGCUGGGAGAUCGUUGCCCCGUCCUGGGAUCACCUGCGGCAGAGAACGGAGUGCAAAACGAGUUCAACGGUUACGAUGUGGCAAACCGCAUGGACAAGGCAGAGGGACAAUUCUGGGACAGAGACACAGAGGGCCAGAAUGGAGACUUGGAGAAAUGUGAACUUAGCCUGGAUUUAACAGAUUUACCCAGAAUAAAAACCUAAGGAGACUCCAACAUGCCAAUAGAAUGUAUAACCUCUAUAUAUUAAGAUUUUUGAUACACUUUUAUAAAACUGAUUUCAAAUUUAAAAAAUCUACUUGAGAAAACGCACAGACCUUUCAAAGCAACAAUGGCCUUGAAGUGGAUUAAGCCAUAUAAACAAAAUAAGUGUUUACAUAUACAUGAAUAUAAUACGACGACACAAAUUAUUAUAAGGUAUUUUACAAUGUAAAAUAGACUUAAUGUACCUAGAGCGCCUUCUGUCUGCUUUGUUUUUUUUGUAAUUGUUUAUGUUUGCCAAGACAGCUAAAACCCAUUUGGGUUCACUCAUCUGAGUUCAUCUAUCCAGAUGUGACAUUCCAUAAAUCUCACUUUUUAUUUGCUAGCUGCAGCUCACUGUUGCGCAACACAUAAAGGGGAGGCAUGUGUAUUUUUAUGUCCAGGAUCCAGUUUGCUUUGUUUGAAACAUUUCAACCUUUCACAUGUAGAUGCACACCAGUGGGGGACUUAAGAAACCAGGAGAGGAUGGAUUGCAGCAAUGAAGAGACUUCCAGUUACUCAGCUUAGAUGUUACAGAUAGUAGUAUCAAUCAGAUUCCCUGGAUGCUCAGUCAGUAUAUUUAUUUUUGCUAAUUCAGGUAACAUUCAAUAUCCUGCGGUAGUAUUUCACACAAGGCCAUACCUCUAUAUUGAUAAAUAAGCAGUAACAUGUUUUACAUGAAAAUACAUACAUGCAGCUAUUACUUUGUCCCAAGAGUUAGGGCUGUAGAUUAUGUAGAAGUACUCCUUUUAUCAUCCAUGCUGUGAAAUAACAAGGUACAACCACCUCAUCACUUUGGGUUAAGUGCUCAGUGGCUUUUAAAUAAUCAGCAGAUUAUUUUUGUAGUUUGGAGAAAUCGGUAAAAAGCGGAAGAACUUGGAGGUUUAUUUAUUUUAUUGAACAAAAAACUUCAGACUGCACCUUUUUAAUGGUAUGUUCGGCAAAGGCACAGUCAUCUCUUCGUGUUAAAGUUGGUA